AAGAAGUAAACAAAACAAUCGGCAAACUGAAAAAAAAAAAAUAUUUUUCUUAAUAAGCGUUAAUAUACCAAUAAAUUAAAAAAUAAACAUUAUCAACAUUAAGUGAAGAUAGUGAAGGAAAUGAAAUUUGUGAAAUAGUGAAAUGGUGAAUGUUCUAAAGGGCGUUUUAGUUGAAUGCGAUCCUGCUAUGAAACAAUUCCUUCUUCAUUUGGAUGAAAAAUUAAUUCUAGGACGUAAAUUCAUUCUUCAAGAUUUGGAUGAAAAGCAUUUGUUCAUUGCUUCGGACAUUGUUGAGACAUUACAGCAAAAGAUUGACGAUUUAAUGGAUAAAAUUAGCUUUCCAUUACAUGAAAAAGAUAACUAAGUAAGCAAACAGACGUUCAAGUGCUUUAGUAGCUAAAAAAAGAAGGAAAGUAAAGUUAAAGGGGGUGGAAGAAAGUGAAGUGAAAAGUGGAAGAAGGCAAGAAAUAAAUAAAAAAAAACAUUGUAAAAACACUUUGCCAUUAAUCUAAAAGUGGAAAAACAGAAGAGUAAUAAAUUUCACUUAAUUAAUCAUUGUAAGAAACAAGAACGAACGAUGGCAACACGUGAAUCAGGAAGAAUAAAAGACGCUGAUAAGAAGCGUGUUCUUGAUGAGGUGACGAGAAAAAGGCGUGCUAAAAAGGCACUUGAAGCUCUUGAACAAGACAACUACCAUGAUGAUCCACACGCAGAUUUGGUGAUGUCAAAAAAAAUUCCAAAAUUCAACAAUAAUCUUGAUUCACCUCGUAACACAAGAAAGGGAAGAAAGUCACGCGGUGCAGAUUACUAUCGUGUAAAAUAUCGCAAAACAUUUACGCAACUGCUGGAUGAAGACCGACAAAUGAAUCCCGAUGGACCGAAUUAUGCCACCGCUCAAGCUCCACCCACGCAAUUUCCCGAAAGACAUUUUUGCGCUGUUUGUGGUUUUCCAUCUAAUUACACCUGUACAUCGUGCGGUACGAGAUUCUGUUGCCUUAGAUGUCUUUCAACCCACCAAGAUACUCGCUGUCUCAAGUUUGUCAACUAAAUGGAGCAUAAAGCCAAGGGCCAUCAACAGGACAUGAAGAUGAUAUCACUGAUGGCUUGAAACAAUCUCUUAUUACAUUUUUCUUCAUUAAUUCUGCUUUCAUCCUUCUGCUAAUUAAAAAUAAAAUAUUUUUAAGAAAACAAGCUUAAGAUAA